CAUAACUGUGAUAGCAGCUUAUAGCUACAAAUGCUUCCCUUUCAACAGAUACUAGGGUUCAAGCCCAGACUGGCCACCUGUAGAUUCUGUCAAAUGCCAGAGGGAUUGUCAGGGCUCUUUGGGCCUGUUUCUAUACAAACCUGCAGAGGAUGUAAUAUCUCCUAAAGCAGCUCUUUGGAGUGCAUGACAGGGAUGUUUAUAACCACUUAUACUAAUCAAGUUUGCAAUUAUGUUUUGCCAGCUUGUGACAGUCAUAUGUCAACAAUCAUGCUAGCUCCAGGUAAGGAGCUAUGAAAAAUAAAUUGUCAUUUGGCAGUUUACAGUAAUAUCCUGGUGUUUUAAGGGUUAAUUGUAAUAUACUUUUUGCUGUGCAGUAACAAUCAAACUUUGAUGACAAGGACUGUAUGGGUGUGGGAGUUGUAGUUCAGAAAUAACUACACUACUGUGCAGAUAAGACACCAUUCUAAGUGGACAAGUCAGACAGGCUAGUUUUAUUGCUCUUUUCUGAGCUGCCACCAUACAGUGUCCUAGAGCCCUUUCACAAAGGACCCAUACCUGCACUGUGCAACAUCUCCUCAAAGGAAGAUCACAUUAUAAUGACGAUUCCCUAAUUCCAUAUUAUUAGUUAUUGCAAAGAGCAGCGAGGGGAAGCUGUGGGUAUAUAAGUAUGUCUAUGGUUGGGCCUCUGCUUGGGAAAGGCUCAGGUGUGGGCUGUUGCUAGUAAGCUCAUUGUGACUUCAGGGGCUGCAUUGAUGUAUUUCAGUGAUCCUCUGAUCAGACGUCUGAACUAAUUCCCUUACCCUAAAGCCUAUACGUGAAGUUACCUGCCAUUAUUUGCUAAUAACAUGGAAUUAACGCCAGAUACUGAAGAGGGGCACCUUAUACCUUGUUUUGUGUGGGUGCGAAUUAUACCCCACAGACUUUUUUUAGUGGAGGUCUCGUCACCAAACGAUAUUAUUUUGACAAAUAUUUGAAGUAAUUGGACAUAGCAAAAGCAAUUCUGUACAGUGCUAACUUUACUGCAUGUAUUUACUGUAUCAUUCGUGUAAGCAAUGUAUAGAGGCAGCUGCAGCACCCAGCGCUCCCCAUCACCAACAUGGAGACAGCAGCCCCGCCCACUCUCAUUUCCGGAUUCUGAGCUCUUAUUCUCGCAAAAUGGCCGCCGCGCCGAAUCCCUGAGCUUUUCGAGGGUUUUGACAUCUCUUCCUCCCCCUUCUCUUACAUCCUCCCUUUUCCCUUCCUCCUCCUCCGGCCUGGAGAGCCGAAAGAUCCGGUCCACGAAACGGAUUGCCGUGUUACUGCCCGGGGAAGCUUGGCAGGACAGGGAGGAAAUCGGAAGCACUGGCAGCAGGAGAGCCAGGUCCAUAACCUUAGACACGUUACCAAAGAGGAGACAGCACUGAUGUAUUGUAUAAGACCAAAUCCAGAGAGCAGUUCACUGGUGGACCAAGCGGCAGAGAGGAGCAGAAUAACAGUUUUUUACUAAGUUUAACUUGAUCCGCCUUCAAGAUGUUCAGACAUCAGGAUUUGUCUGGAAUGCAUAAAAUGAUGCGUCCAGUCUCAAGCAGUAAUGUGGCUUUCUGUACGAGUGGCAAGUCCUCCUGCCUCAACCAAGACACCAUGAGAGGCGUCGAUCAGUUCGGCUUGUAUGCCACACAGCAGAGCAAGUACAGCCAUCCUGUUACCCACAAGAAUAUCUCCUGCCAAACCCAAGAAACUAUUAAUGAAACACACUUGCAAACCUCAACCAGCAGGGACCUAGACACAAAAAGUGAUUUAAAGAAAAAGAAGAACCUAGGCAGAUCUGGCAAGCGGGGUAGGCCAUCUGGGACCACCAAGUCAGCAGGAUACAGAACCAGCACUGGCAGACCUCUGGGGACCACCAAAGCUGCUGGGUUUAAGACAAGUCCGGGUAGACCAUUGGGCACAACGAAAGCAGCUGGAUACAAAGUCAGCCCAGGGCGACCUCCAGGAAAAAAGCAGCAAGCCCUCAUGUGUUCCAGUGAUGCGUAGGACAAAUGCUGUGGAUUUAUUGCGAAACUUUACAGUAGGAGGUGGUCAUUUAUAUAUUCUGGACCUUAAAACGCCACAUGCAACUAUGAGAAUGAUCUUACUACCUUUGCACGGGUCAUAAGUUUCCAUAAGUUUACUCAUCUGGAUGACUACUUAUGUGUUUUAUCUUCUGGCAGCUAAAUGGAUUCAGAAUAUUGAUUCUUCUAAUUACAGUUGUCUUUCCUAUUGGUAAAAGUACUAAACACAUUAAAGGGAAAAUGUCACCUAUUUCACUUUUGUGUUUUAAGACAGGCAGUUACACAUGUUCAGAACUUAUAAUCAUGUACUUCUCACAGCAAAACCGUCCUAAUGAGCUCAGAGUAAAGCCAGUAUCAGUACUAAAUGAAUAAUUACACAGAUGGACCCUUUAUAGAACAGCUAUGGAUCAUGCACCUUGCUUCCACUGCAGUGUAUAGGAUGGAUUUUACAAUCAAAUAUAUUCCCAAAAUAGGAUAUUUGAACACCAAAUGAUUUCUUCAAGUUGACAUUCCAACAUUGGCAUCUGUCAGCAUCUUCAUCUGAAAUGCAUAUGCUCCUCAUUGCAACAAUAAGAAUUGUGUCGAUGCUGUUUAGGAAGGAAGUAUUUAAAUAAUGAACAUCCUUGUGGAGUUACAUCACCUUUCUUGAAACUGUUCAUCGACUUAUUACAAGUAAAGGUAGUUUCCAUUCACCAAAGCACCAACUGCAACUAUUGCUCUCUCUCUCUCCUGGAAAUACUUGGUGGUGUCUCUUUUCCUGGUUUGGUUAGAAUGAACACAUUUAAUGGUUACACAAAAAUAAGAAAAAAACAGUGAUCGUAUAAUUAUCUGUGUCACGAAGAUGCAAAGCUUCACUUUGCUAACUGGUAAAUAAAGAAUGCAAAAUGGCUUUACGCAGUGUUUGUGCUGACCAGGGAAAUUAGGUUGGUCUGUGCAAUGAACUUAUCAGACUGGACCUCAUCAAAUUGUCACAUCGGGACGGGACUCCAUGACUACAGAAAGGCCUUUGUUGAUGCUAUAUUGUAUACCAUAGUAGCUCCUUGAUUUAACAAAGGCGCAAAUCGAUAUCCAAUUUCUUUUUAUAUAAUCGGUUAUUCAUUGCUAUACAUAGUAGCAUUUCUGUAGCCCUCUGGCAAUCCACAUAGAACUGAAGUGAAAAAUACUCAUUCCAUUUUUUUUUUUACUGUCAGAAAUCACUUCAAACUAUCAGCACAUUGCCCUUGAAUGGUAAACUUCAAAUUGUAUUGACUGGAUUUUGUGCCAUGAUUUUACAUGUAACUCAUAUAUUAUUAAAGAAAGUAUGUGUGUGUGUAUAUAUAGUGUAUACUGUUCCACACUUAGACAUAUUCACGGCUUCUUUCUUUUACUUUUGUUUUUACUUUGCUUGCAAUAUCUUUUGUGAAUCUGUUUCCUGUACUUUCAGAUUGCUGUCAUGGUUAUAAGAAAAUGGCUAUAUUAUUACCAAAAAUUCCUCGCCACUAAGACAUUCCCAUUUCUGGUCACAAUAUCUUUUUCUUCCAAAUUAAAAAUAUACAAAAAAGAUAA